CAGUUGGCUUUUAGCUGUAGGAGAGCGUGGAAGCAGAGCCAGAACCGAAACGAAACAAAAACUUAACACCAAAAACCAGCUGCGAUCGCAUGGGGAGAAGGGGAAUUUAUGUGGAACUCGGAGGGGAAAGAACUGAAAGCUCAGCAAAGAACCACCGCCAAAGUGGCUAAAAGCAGGGCCAAGAAAAUGUGCUCAGAGCUGACCGUGGAAACGUGAUACCCGCCUUAGGAUUCGGAUUCAAGACCACAUGCUCCUCCUGCGCCAGCUGCCACGUUCAAAAUAGAAAGUUGCUGCCAAAGAUGAAAGAGACCGCAGAAUGAGCGAAUCGGAGCCCAAUAGCCUGGAGUUCAUCGAGGACCCCUACCUGCCGGGCAUCGAUGAUCUCACCAGCACACCUUCACUGGAUCUGGAAACGCCAGAAGCCGCAUUGGAUUGGUAUGGCGACGAGCAGGAGGAGAGUGAAGCGGAGCUUUAUCUGCGUAAUUUGACGCUGGAUCAGAUCUUCUACGAUGUGGAUUCGGAUUAUACCAACAGCCUGGAGCUGCAGGCAGUGGAAGCUGAGUUCAUUGGAGCCAAGUUGGCCAACCAGACACCCUCAUCGUCCAUCGCCAAACGCUUUCGCUUGAAGUUCUUCACCAAGCGAACCAUGCGCGACGUUAGGGUCACGUUCAUAGACUUCUCGAAACCGUAUCUCGCCAAGAUAUCGAACAGUGACAAUUACAAGAGAUUUCUCAACAUCGGGCAUAGAAGUAGAGAUAAUACAGCUAACCUUUCGGACCCAGCAUCUCCAGCAGCUUCUGUGGCAUCCGCAGAAAUUGCUGCCGAGUUUGCUGCGCUUUCCGUCGAGGAGAAGGAGCAACGUCGGGCUGAAUGGAGUCAGGAGCUUGCCCGCGUGGAGGAGGAGAUCAACACGCUGCGCACCGUUCUCGCAUCGAAGACGCGUCAUGCCUCCGAUCUCAAGCGCAAGCUGGGCAUCACCGUCUGGAAGGAGGUGACGGACGACAUGAACCAGGGCAUUAGGAACCUCAAGGAGAGCACUGUUUACCAAUCGGUGGAGCAGAGCGUGGGCACGUUUACUAAAGCCGUGCACGAGGCACCCUUGUACCAACGCACUGAAUCCGUGCUGAAGUCCACGGGCGAAAAGACAGCCUCGGUGUUUGGCAGCAUCACCAGUGGCAUUUCGUCGAAACUGUCGCAAAUGAAAAACUCCGAGUCGAUGCGUUCUAUCGAGGCUUCGGUGGGCUCUGCCUACGAGAACGUUAAAGUAAGCUAUGAACACAACAAUUUUAUGUGCCAAUCUCAUGCGACCAAGGUGACAUCCCGGUCGGGUUCGGUAUCCAGUUUCCCAGACGCCCUGGACGAGAACAACACAUCCUCGGGCCUGAACUCACCCACAGACUCACUCACUAAAUAGGUUUCGGGGGAACUCCGAAACUAAGCGCGUCGAUAAUGUGGAGAAACCUAUACUACACACAAACAGACCCACGCACCCACUCUAAUAACUUAUUAAUUAAUGCGAAUUGUCGUGUCUGCGCACUAAUAACAGGAUCAGAAUUUAAUUACCAACAGAUCAUAUGUACGUGUGUAGUUGUUACGGUAUAUAUAACUUAAAUUAACUAAAAUCUGUGCGUCAUAUUUGGCCAAAGGGAGCACAUUAUAAGCAUAUAUUUGUAUUUGCGUGUGAGACACCAUCAACUGCAUGAUUUGUUUAAAUUUUAUGCCAGGAAUGCGGAUCGGAGGGCUUGCUGCAUUCAUUUUUUAUAACUAUCUAAGCAUUCGUAUUUAGACUAAACCAUUUUGGGUGUCCUCAAGUCGUCAUUCCCAAAUGUUUCCAAAACUUAGUAAAAUCUUUAGCGAAACGAGCAGUUAAAGAAUAUGUUCUUUUAUUUUACACUUUUUUUUUCUUCUCUAGGCAUUGAGUUCCGUGGUUAGAUGGCGGUCCCGGUCCCGAUAAAAAGCCAAUUCCAAAUUUAUUUAGAAUUAUACUUGAAUUACGAUCAGAGCUUGCGUGCAAAAUAAUAAAAAUCUAUUGGUAAUUUUAAGAGGGUAAAACCCUUACUGCUAAAGAGAGAGAAAAUUUUCACCCGAUUUGUUGCUAAUGCUGAUCUAAGAUUUGCUAUAUGUGUAUGAAAAUCUUUGAAUAAAUGCAAAAUUUUUUGCCCCAUAAAAUAUG